AGCGGCUAUUUGAGACGGGGACAGGGCCACAUGCUGCUGCGCAUCAGGACCAUGCAGACCACCCCCAGACUGCUCAGCGGGGUGCUUCUCUGCGCGCUACUGCUGCUCUCCAGUGCCGCUAGAGCCGAAGUGUUGGACACCGAGUCCCAAGAGAUGCUGAGCCCCAGAGCCCUGCGGGACUUCUAUCCUAAAGUUCCGAACCUGACCAGUGAGAAGCAGCUGCUCGGAGCUCUCCAAGAAGUUCUCAAAAAGCUGCAGGCUAAACGACUGCCUUUAUGGGAAAAGAAAUUUGGCCAAGUCCCAACGUGUGAUAUCGGGGAGCAGUGCGCCGUGAGGAAAGGCGCUCGGAUCGGCAAGAUGUGCGACUGUCCCCGGGGAGCUUUCUGCAAUUUUUUUCUGCUGAAGUGCUUAUGAGCCUGGCCGGAUCUAAAU